CUUCUCUUUCUUCUCGUCAGCGGUUCAGCGAGGACGAAUGCCUCCGACCCAGCCCAACCCAGGCCAGUACGCCCUGACGAACGGGGAUCCUCUGAACGGGCAUUGCUAUUUAUCUGGAUACAUCUCGUUAUUACUGCGGGCCGAGCCUUACCCGACGUCCCGAUACGGCAGCCAGUGCAUGCAGCCUAACAACAUUAUGGGCAUCGAGAAUAUCUGCGAGCUGGCCGCACGCCUGCUCUUCAGCGCCGUUGAGUGGGCCAGGAACAUCCCUUUCUUUCCAGAUCUGCAGAUCACGGACCAGGUGUCUCUUCUCAGGCUGACUUGGAGCGAGUUGUUUGUGCUUAACGCGGCUCAGUGCUCCAUGCCCCUUCACGUGGCCCCGCUGCUGGCCGCGGCAGGCCUCCACGCCUCCCCGAUGUCCGCCGAUCGAGUCGUGGCUUUCAUGGAUCACAUUCGUAUCUUCCAGGAGCAAGUCGAGAAGCUCAAGACCCUCCACGUCGACUCGGCAGAGUACAGCUGUAUCAAAGCAAUAGUGCUGUUCACGUCAGACGCUUGCGGCCUAUCGGAUGCGGCUCACAUUGAAAGCCUGCAAGAGAAGUCACAAUGUGCCCUUGAGGAGUACGUGAGGAGCCAGUAUCCCAACCAGCCCAGCCGCUUUGGAAAGCUCUUACUGCGCCUGCCUUCACUUCGCACUGUUUCUUCAUCAGUGAUCGAGCAACUUUUCUUCGUCCGCUUGGUAGGUAAAACGCCCAUUGAAACCUUGAUCCGGGAUAUGUUACUAUCCGGGAGUAGCUUCAACUGGCCGUAUAUGUCAAUUCAAUGAUCCCAGUAAGGGGGAAAAAAACACGACGGAAAAGGACCAAAACAGCCACCCGAACCUGAAGACUGUAUGGACCUCAAACGAAACGAACAAAAUUGAAGGACCUGCUUUUUGGUCGAUAUUAUUAUAUCAUAAAUAUUGAUUGUUUAUUUGUUUGCUUGUUGUUUUUUUUUUUCUUUUUUGUGACUUUAGAUGGAAUUCAUUAUGUACAGAAACAAGGGAUGUACUCGUGUAUCUCCCUGAUGAACAAGAACACUGGUCUUCAUUUGGUAAAAUAUUAGUCUCUAUUUUCAUUUUUGUACAAUCACAAAAUGAAAAUCAGGAAAAAUCCUCGUAUGCUCAAUAAACGAAUCAAGAUUUAGUGGGAAAAUAACGUUUCCAUACAACUAUAAGAAGUGUCACGUGUCUAUGUAUCUCUGUUUUGUAUUUUCAUUUUUUUCUGGUUCAAAACCAGAUUUUCUGUGAUUACAUACUAAUAAUUUUAUAUAACCUUUUGCUUCUUAUAACAAGUGCGAUAUAUGUUGUCGAAGCUAUGUUCUUCAAGAAUUAAAAUUGAAUUGAGAAUCUAAACAGAAAAAUAAAUAAAUAUAGACUGAAAAGGA